UUGCACCCGGACGUACAGGGAAGAUUCCCGUAAAACAUCACACGGCAAGCCAGCAACAGUACGGGAAGACAAAAGAUGAAAUCGACACAGGUCAUGCGAUAUGCCGUUCGCCUAAACUGUGCACAGGUCAACGAAGUGGCGAGCAAGUCUACGGAUCGGUAUACCACCAGAUCAGCCGCUUUGCUCGCGGCACUUGGCAUUGGGCUGUCUUCGUUUAGUAUGAAACAAAUGCUAAGCAAACAAACUAAAAGAAAGCUGUAAAGCUGAAGAAAGAUGUAAGCUAUUUUGCCAUACUGUAAAACUUUCUUCGUUCACUCCGAUCCUUCCACGAAAGUGGUAACAAAUUUUAAGUAAUGCUGCGUACCGCUGCACUACACGAUACGAUGGAUAUAAUAAGCAUGUAGCUGACUCAACGAUGACUACAAACUGUUCCGGUGUUUUACUCAACUUCAAAUUGCAAAAGCACCUUAAGCUGGCAACAAAAAGAUACAACAUUCAAAAAGGUCAUCCUAAACUAUUCGAACUAUUUUGGCGCAUCCCCAAAUGGCAAUGGCUCUGUCAAUAGGGCACGCGACCAGCACGACUCCAAAAUAAUAUUGAAGAAAAUAGGUUCAAGACCGUCCGCUUCGUUAACCUAACAUUUACCGGUUAGUUACGCACGGUUGAACAUUUGAAUAAUGUUUUCACAGUCCUUAGGAGUGCUACUCCAUAUCGUAACAUCACGGAAUGCGACAUUACGAAUGGUUUACUCAUGUGAAAUGAUGCAAGUUGAACCUAGGCAUCGUAGUUAUAAUUAUGACUCGCCAGCAAAGGUUUUCCUUCCUUAAAAACGGCAAACAAAAGAAUGGCUUAGGUAGAUAAUUUGAUGAUGGAACCAGUAAAGACUGCAAUGCAAAGAAAGGAUUUAAACGCAUAUACAUUUACACAUAUCCAGUAAUACGCGGGAAUUGACGAUUGCCAGACCAGGAAUAAUGGAAUUCGGUAUGAUUACCCACAAACAGAAUUCAAAUGAAUUCUUGGUAGCAAAGCUAAACCCCAAAGCUGUUUUGGAGUACAAGUAUAAGUAUCGUGCAUGAUGGAGGGUAUUCAGUUUAACUGAAAUGCGAAGAAAACAGAAUCCUAAGAUAUGUGGCUACAUUUCACAGGUUUGAUUUUCAAACACAUUUAAGAUAGGCCGGAUUCGGUGUGAUAGCUAGAAAGAUAAAUAAACAAAUUGAUAUCAUUGCUUAA